AAAAAAAAUUUGACAGAUCAGAAAACAGACGACAGAGGUUUUAAACGUCAAGUUACUUGAAUUGUCAAUUUUACUAAUUUAUAUUUUAUAGUGAUCAAUUGUUGUUACUGAGUUUUGAUUCUUCUCUUCUGUAAUUAAAAAGUAACAAAAGAACGAUGUUAAAUGAAGAUAUAGAAGAGCAAGAUGGUUAUCAUUAUGACUUUACUACUGCCUCUGAGUGGGAAAUAUUUAUUGCUCGGUUAGAAGAAAUAAUUCAUGAAUGGAAAGUUACUCAUGUUCCCUUAAAAUCCAAUCUAAAACAUUGUCAAUUAUUUACUUCAUCUUGGGAAAAUCAACAAGAAUCGCUUUCUUUUGCAGAUGUGGACUUCACGCUGACACGUUACUAUGCAAAAAUAGAGGAAGAAGAAGAGCCCACAAACAGUUUGCUAGACAAUGAUUCUGAAGCGGCGAAGCUACAGCCGCUCGAGGACAUGAUGUCUAUGGAGAAUGACUUCAUCCCGAUUGUGUUCGAGGGGAAUCGGUCACACCCUCACUUGCUGACCCGGUGGUACGGCCUGCGGGACUUCAUAGUCCUCACUCCAGCUCAGGGAGUCGUCGUCACGUCGGAGAGCAAGAUCAAGAUACUACUCAGUUCCGUCUGUAUUGCCGUUAAUAACACCAACUGCUCUGUGCCUGUGUUUAUACAAGUUUUGGAACCGUGGCAGAACUUUUUCUUCGGUAUUUGUGAAGCGAAAGGUGUGCGCGCAGAGUAUGAGAUGGUUCAUCUUCGCAGAGUGCCACCACACUGCAAGCACCUCACAGGUCUGCUGAAUGUGUUCAAGUCCAAAGUGGGCACAACGAAACUGGCCGAGUCAGUGGCGGUGAGUGCACGAUUAUGCUAUGUGCUGCGUGACUGGACCUCGUUUGCAUGGAUGCAGGAGCCGCCAGAUCUGGAGUUCCUGAUGGGUGAGGUCGGUGUAGGAGAACUGGGCACACUGCCGUUUGGUGCCACUUUCGAUCCUGUCAGUGAGCUGGUGCUGUACGCCAGCUGGUACGGGCUGCGCGAGUCUGUGGUUGUGGACAGUGAGAGUUACUCUGAUCUGGACCCCAGCCAGGCCCCGGAGUGGAGUGUCGCCAUCAAGAUGGCCGACAAGCCAGUGUGUCUCCUCUCAGAGUAUCUCUCGGAGUUCAUGCACCUCUGCUCCAGCAACCGUUCCAUGGCGGACCUCUUGGGCGACUUGCUCCAGCAUCAGCAGCCAGGGCCAACACUUACAUCUUCCCUGAACGUUCUGACGGAGUCAAGGGUACCAACAAUCUCCAAGGUGCUGGGGCAGGCAAAGGGGACGUUUGUCAGGGAUAAAACUCGUGAAGGUCCUAUCUCGGAUGAUCUUCUCAUGCCUCUUCUCUAUUUCUUGUUCCCUGAUGCUGACGAAAAUGUGAGGAGCCCUUACCCUGAAUAUUUAACAAACUUUUUGAUAAAGGAUUCAAAACCUAACCAGGAGAUGUUUGCCGGUAUGAAGACAGCGCCGGUGGACAGCCUGGUGUGGCGUCUUGCGGUGGUCAUGUCUCACGCCACUCAUACGCUUGGAGGAGUUAAGGCAGCAGCCCACCUCUGGUUCGAGUUCUGUCAAGAGUUACGUUUUCGCUGGGAAAGAGCCAUCCCCAUUCCCGGGUGA